AUGAGUUACAGUAUGAGGCAAUCCUCCUCAUCCGUUACUAAUAGAGGGUUUGGAGGGGGUCGUCUCUUCAGCGCUCCAAGCAUCCAUGGUGGAUCUGGUGGCCAGGGCAUCUCUAUCUCUUCCACUCGGUGUGUUGGAGGAGGCCUAGGCUAUGGUGGUGGGGUGAGCACUGGCUAUGGCGGCAGCUUUGGUGGCGGCUUUGGUGGUGGUCUUGGUGCUAGUGCUGGGGGUGCAUUCAGCAGUGCCCUAAAUACUGGCGAUGGCCUCCUUUCGGGAAAUGAAAAGGUAACUAUGCAAAAUCUGAAUGACCGCCUGGCAAGCUACUUGGAAAAGGUGCGGGCCCUGGAGGAAGCCAACACUGAGCUAGAGGUUAAAAUCCGAGAGUGGUACCAGAAGCAGGGGCCGAGCCCCACCCGUGACUACAGCCCAUUUCAGAAGACAAUUGAGGACCUCAGAGAGCAGAUCCUUACAGCAGCCAUUGAAAACAAUAAAAUUGUCCUGCAGAUUGACAAUGCCAGGCUGGCUGCUGAUGACUUCAAAAGCAAGUUUGAGACUGAGCAGGCCCUGCGCAUGAGUGUUGAGGCUGACAUCAAUGGCCUGCGCAGAGUCCUGGAUGAGCUGACUCUGUCUAGGACUGACCUGGAGCUGCAGAUUGAAGGGCUGAAGGAGGAACUGGCCUUCCUUAAGAAGAACCAUGAGGAGGAAAUGAGUGCCCUCUCUGGGCAACUGAGUGGCAAAGUGAGCGUUGAAAUUGACUCUGCUCCAGGCAUUGAUCUGACCAAGAUCCUGGCCGAUAUGCGAGAUCAGUAUGAACUGCUGGCCGAGAAGAACAGGCGGGAUGCUGAAGCUUGGUAUACCAGCAAGUCUGAAGAACUCAGCCGGGAAGUUGCUGUCAGCACCGAACAGCUCCAGACCAGCAAGACUGAGAUCACAGAGCUGAGACGUACGGUCCAGAACUUGGAGAUCGAACUGCAGUCUCAACUCUCCAUGAAAGCUGCCCUGGAAGGCACUUUGGCGGACACCGAGGCCCGCUAUGGGGCUCAGUUGUGCCAGAUCCAGAGCCUGAUUAGCAACAUCGAAGCACAGCUGAUGGAGGUCCGAUCAGACAUGGAGCGCCAGAACAACGAGUACAAGAUGCUCAUGGACAUCAAGACCCGGCUGGAGCAGGAGAUUGCGACCUACCGUCAACUCUUGGAGGGGCAAGACCUCCAUUUCUCAGGAACUGUUUCGGGGACUAAUGAGAAAGCAAGUGAUCCCAAGAAGCCUUGACAAGCACCCUUCUCUCCAAACUGGAAUGAAUGAAACAGUCACAGGACAUGGAAUGGGGGCCUGGCACUUCAGAAUCUCCUGCAGUAGCUUCCUGAGCACAUAUUCUGGGUGGCUGAGGGCAUAGGGAGGCUGCAUGAUUUCUGCUUUUCCUACUUUUACCUUUUUCUAUGGCAUUUCUUUUGCCUAAUAAAAUUCCCUUUGGUUGCUGCAUAUCUAAA